AGGCACUCUCACUGUUCUUGUACGGUCCAAUCCAUACCUUCACUCCAGUCCCUCUCAUCUCCUUCACCUUCCUCCCUUUCUAUCUCACUUUAUCUGUAAAUUGAACACAUAUUCUCUCUACCCCAUAAAAAUGGACUCUUGGAGCUUCGUCGACAACGUUAAAGCUGAGAAAGCCAGCGCCAUGCGGAGGUACAACCGCCUCCUCACCAUCGCCAGACUCUUCCGCCUUGCCGAGCUCUUCGUCGCCGCCAUCUUCCUCUCCUGGACCUUCACUCGCCUCCCCUUUGCUCUUCGCAUCUCCCGCGACUACGUCCGCCUCCUUUCCGGUGUCGUUUCUAGCCCUCUCUUUGUUUUCCUCGUCUGCAACGCCAUCAUCGCCUCUCUUUUCGCCAAGUCCAGGCAAGUCGCCACCGCCGCAACUUCGGAUCCGAACAUUGACGUUGAGACAGCUCAGCUUUACGAUCAGUUCGCCGACAACUGUGGCCGAAAGAUGACGAACUCCGGAGAGGACGUCGUGUCGAGUGUGAAAGAGGAGGUUGUGUAUCAGGACAAGCAGAUCAUCUCGGAGGUGAACGUCGUCGAUCCCAAACCUGAAGCCAGCUCAGACUCCGGCAUGGAGUCAGACUUGGACUCGGGUUUGCAAUUUACGAAAGCUAUACGGAGGACGCAGUCAGAGAAGUUCGAGAGAGCUGUUCCGGCAAAGCUUAAAAGAUCGGACACCGAUAAUUGCCGGAAAAUGCUGAGGUCCGGCGAGGAAACUGUACCGGAAGAUUUCGAUCCGGAAAACGACUUGAGCAACGAGGAGUUUCAGCGCGCCAUUGAAGCUUUCAUUGAGAAGCAGAAGAAGUUUCGUCAUCAGGAAGAGUCUCUAGCCAUCGUGCAUCAAAACCAAAGCUGAUAAUUAGAAGAAAAAGAAAAACAGGAAAAAAGUGAAAUGCAAUGUUUCUACGGCUCUUGAUUAGUGUUAUGUACAGUAAUUAAUCAUCAAUUUGGUGUUAAAAUUCACAAUUUUAAUUACCUGUUGUCUAAUUUUUCUGGGUAUUAGAUUUUAUCAUAUUUCACUUGUCCCGUCGGUUUUAGAUUUUAACCCAGGGUACAAGGCAUU